GACGACGGCGCGAAGAUGGAUUAACGAUGGAUUAACGCCGGUUGGAUUAUCGGCGAGGGGUUAGCGACGGGCAUGGCGUGCUUGCGGAGCGAAGGGUCGAGAGAGAACGUCAGUCUGGCACCGGCGGCACCGGCGGCGGUGGCUCCACAGCAACGCUCAAUUGUUCAGAUCUACACGGACUGGGCAAACCACUACCUGGAGCGAGGGCGCUACAAGCGCUACAUCCAGGACCUCCAAUCCGACGUCUGCGACGGUGUCUUGUUGGCUGACGUCAUCGACGCCGUCGGGGGUGCCAGAGUUCCUGAUAUCAACCGGAAGCCAAAGUCAAACAGCCAAAUGUUGGAUAACAUCAACGCCUGCCUUACGUACCUCGGCGCUCUCGGUGUCUGCGUCGAAGGUGUGACAGCCAAAGACAUCCGCGAGGGCAACCUGAAGACCAUCCUGGGCCUAUUCUUCACCCUGUCCCGGUACAAGCAAGCCCAAAAGGCGGCGGCAGCCGCUUCGUCCAGGUCGCCCCAGGUGACUACGCCGCCCGGGCCGACCCCGUACGGCUGUCCCGGUCCCGGGAUGCCCUGCCACAGGAUGCCAGACCUCAUGGCGACCUCGGUGCCCAACAGCCAUUCAAAGUUACCCUCGCUGCACAGCUCCAAGCCUCGCAGCAAGGAUGUGUUCAGUGCUAUACCCGCGCCCUGUGGAACAUUGCAACGAAGGACUUCCGGUGGUGGUGAUAAUAAGACGUCCUCGUCGUCCAAGACUCCGUCCUCUAGUCCCUGCCCCGUCUCCAACCACGUCAUCAACGCAAAUGGUGCUGUUGAUUCUCUGGGCAACCGUGUGUCAGCUUCCGCAUCGUUUGAGAAAAGAGAGCGACGCGAUGUCACGACGGCCUUACGACACCAUCUUGGAGUUGCGUAA